CAUACAUGAAAAAGAAAUUGUGAUCAGAUUUCUGGGGGUUUUACUUAAUUCUGUUGACCCACUAGAGGUCUGAUCUAUUAUAACAUACUUAUUUCUCCUUUUCUAACACACAAAAAAAAAAAAAAACAUACGUCACAAAAAUGUUUCGUUGUAGCAAUUGUUUCAUCACAUUGCUUAAUUUUAUCACAUUGGUGGCUGCAGCAAUGUUGAUAUUGAUGUCCAUGUCGUUUGGUAAUAACACGAACCAGACUACGUGCCAGAAAGUUGUUCAACAACCUAUGAUGAUAUUAGGGGUAGUCCUUUUGAUAAUUUCUUUGAUGGGAAUUGUAGGGGCAGCGUGCCACGUAUCAUUUUUGUUGUGGAUAUAUUUGUUCAUGUUGUUCUGCAUCAUUACAGGGAUGAUUAUUUAUUCUUUGUUCAGCCUGUUUUUCACAUUGUCACAUUUGGAAAAUAAAAGCCAUGGAAAAUCUGACCAUGAAAAAAGUGACUGGGAAGAUAAGUUUCAAGAAUAUUCACAAUGGAUGAAAAAUGUUGUGCCUGAUGAAAAACAAUGGGAUAAGAUUAAGAGUUGUAUGAUUGAUGCUAAAAUGUGUAAAUACAUUCCAGCAGACAGAACUGAGGAUUAUUACAAAACUAAGCUCCUCAAGAUUCAGUCUGGUUGUUGCAUACCACCGGCGUAUUGCCACUUCCAGUUCCAAAAUGCAUCGACUUGGAUAGUGCCGAAAGGAGGGGCAGUAGAUGGAGAUGCUGACUGCAAGGCAUGGAGCAACGAACCAAACCUCAUGUGCUACAACUGCAAUGCAUGCAAGAAAUCUACCUUUGACAGCAUCAAAGAAUCUUCCGCGCAUACCUCUCUUAUAAGCCUAAUCAUCUUCAUUAUUCUCUCCAUUAUUUACUCUAUUGGCUGUUGUGCUCUUACCAAUAACAGUUACAGAGAAAGAGCAUACGGCUACAAUGGCUACAGACCGUAUGGUCCUGGACCUUACGGUUAUCCAUGAUUCAUAUAUCAUAUACCACAAUUUUUUGAUUCAUUCAAAAGCCUCCGUAUAGAUAAUUAGUAGUAAAAUACUUGCUUGCAUAGACUCUUCACUUUUCUUCAGGAGAAUCUGACAUGCAGAUAUUUUUUAUGAGUCUGAGCAACAUAAGUAUCUUGUCUAUUGUGGACUCACAGUUUCUUGUUAUAAUAUUUGUCAUCACUUUAUUAGAUUGUUGGGCUGUUUGGUUUUUCUUGCUAUGUCAAGAAUUUUAUAUCAUUGUAUAAUUUGUAAUGCUAGUACCUACUGAAGUGAAAAUAAUAAGGAUACUUCAAGAGUUUCACAUUCAAAGUACUAUUGCAAUAGUGACUCUUAGAGGUUGUUAGAAUUAUGUUUUCAACUGUAGUAACUCUAUUUUUUCAAUAAUUCCUACUUAAAGUUUAUUA